AUGUCCUUUCCGCCACCUCCAGGUCUCCAACAGCAGCCGUCGCGUCCUCAGUCCUCGCAAUCACAGCCGUACACAUCUCUUCCCCCCCGACCACCCCCUGCGACACCAUUCUCAUCGACAUCGACGGGCGCUCCCGUUGUAUCAAAUCCUACUUUUACUACCAGCCACGCUAGACCCGGCACGGCCUACAAUUCCUUCACAGGUUUUCAACCCCGCGCCGUAGCUGCGAGUCAGUCUUUCCGCCCUCACAGCCCUGCUGUGCCAGCGCCUGCAGCUGGCUACCAACACCAUGCGCAAAAUCAUAUCCCCAACUACUCCCAGCCGGCCUACAAACAACCCCACAUAGCAUAUUACGGACAACAGCAGCAGGCUUCAGCAGCAGCAACGUCAGCUUAUGGCCAAACCGCCGCUUCCAAAGUCCAAAACCCAUUCCAAUAUUCAAACCAAGCGCAAAACAAUGCAUACGCCGGUGCCGGAAGGGGGUAUCCCCGCCAGCAAGACUCCGGACUAGAUCCCGACACCGAAGCGCAAAUCGCACAAUGGCAGAGCGCAUACAUGGGAAAGGAGAGCGGCAUAGACCCCUCCCAAUCCGCAACAAAUACCAUAACCGGUCAAGGUCAAAGCAGCGGCCCGGGCCGUCGCGACGGAGCCUUCUCCGCGACGGGCGCCAACACAGGUCCCCUGGGUACCUUCCAACGGAUCCAUGACUCGACCACAUCAACACCUCCGAGCGGUCCGCACACAGCAACAUCCACCCCCGUCCCGGCGGGACCAAACACUCCAAUUGAACCAGCAAAGACAGUCAUCCGCUCCGGCGGCGGGCAAAGCUGGACAGACUCCACACUCUUGGAAUGGGAUCCUGCACACUUUCGGUUGUUCGUGGGCAAUUUGGCUGGAGAAGUAACGGACGAUUCACUCCUGAAGGCCUUCUCCAAGUACCCAUCCGUGCAGAAGGCGCGGGUUAUCCGCGAUAAGCGCACGGAGAAGAGUAAGGGCUAUGGAUUUGUGAGCUUUAGUGAUGGGGAGGAUUAUUUUAGGGCUGCGAGGGAGAUGCAGGGGAAGUAUAUUGGGAGUCAUCCGGUUUUGUUGAGGAGGGCGAUGACAGAGAUUAGACCAGUGGUUGCGUCGAAGGUUGGUGCGGGAGCUGGUGGGAGGAAAGGAGGAAAGAGGAGUGGGUCGGGUAUUGGAGGCGGUGGGAGGGGUGGUGGAGUUGGUGCUGGGAAGGGGGGGGGUGGUGGUGGCAGUGGCGGUUCGAAGGUUGUUGAUGGUGGUAUACAGAAGAAGCAGGGCAAAACGAAAGGGGGAUUGAGGGUUAUUGGGUGA